ACAAGCAGAUGCCGGCACAACUUGUUUACAAACUUGAACGUCUCCAGUUGCAAUUUAAAAUUCUCAAAAAUGUAUUCGCAAUUUAAAGAGUUUGUCAAUACAAAGAAGACAGAAGAACUGAAGAAUCUUAUUGAAAAAGCAGACACUGCGGAGCUCAGCAGUAUAAUCCUCCCAAGAGUCGCCAACAGCGAUGCCCCAACCAUUCUCGACCAACUAUUAUCUCACUUCUCCACCUCCGAGGCCUCCCAAUCAAAGCACAGAAAGCUCGUAGAAGCAAUCCUAAAGACCCUGCGAACGGCAAAAGUGAGUACCUCCCACGUGAACGCCUUGCUGAGCCGAAUAAUCCAGGACUUCCCGAAGUACUCGAAGCUCCAGCUCUCAAAAAUCGUCGAGUACAGCCUCAACAGCCUUCGCCUCAACGACGACGAGUUCUUCUGCUGGAGAGAGAUCCUCCCCAUCACCUUGCAAAUCCUCGAGGACGAGAAGUACAUAAAUUACAAGGGAAACGAGGUGACAGGUUCAGAGUACAAAUCCCUGAUUAUUCAGUCCAUCUGCAAUCAGCCAUGGGACCUGGGGACCCUGACGUCCCUCGCGAAAAUGUUCGGCGAGAUGAGAAUGGACAAGAACGAUCACGGUUUAGUGAUAAGAGCCUUGUGUGAUAAAAUGUCCGACGUGGACCACAAGGAGAUGCCACCGUUUGUCCACCAGGUGCUCAGACUCAGUGACAAUAUGGACGGAAGACUGGUUAUUGGGACGUUGCAGAAGUAUUUCGAGAGGUUGUACGCUGGUGUUGACGAGGAGUCACCAGACACUGUCGAGAGCAUUGGGCAGGUCAGUCUGAGGGAGAUCCAGGACACUGAGAGCACAGUUCUCUAUCAUAUUCGUCAGUCCGCUCUGCUAAACCACUCGAGUCUGAAGGACUUUGUCAAGAACCUUAAGAACGUGACAAAUGCUCCUGAGUUCAUCCUGGAGCCCUUCCCGAUGUCGGUUCUGCUCAUGAUUUCGGAUAUCUAUAAUGAUCAGAUCUUCGAGAUCGUCAAGCAGGCGUUGGUGAGGAAGAUCCAGGACGAUGAGCGCAGGAAGAACUCCUUCUGGGUGAAGGAUGUACUCCCUGAUAGUUCGGUCGUCAUGGAUAUCAUGAGCCAGAUCAUUGAGAACAGCAAUAAGGACAGGCAUUUGGUACUCAAGGGACUCCUGGAUCUUGCUUUUGUGCUUAUGGACACUGGCAAGGCUAAGGAUGGGGAGGAGAACCUGCUGCAUGACGUGGGGGUGAAGAUCCUGCAGAAGUUGAUGAAGAAGAGACAUGAAAUUGUGCCUAUUGUACUGCAGAAUCUCACGGAUAAGAUUGUCGCUGGGGGAAUUGCUAUCUCGCAUUAUAUUGAAUGCCUGGCAUACAUGUGUCGCAGAGCCACCUUCAUGGUCAACCAAUCCCAAAUACCGGUCUCAAAUCUUCUGGAGCAGCUGCUGGCAAUUCCCGGGGAAGCAGCAAUCCAGGUUCUCUACGCAACAGUUCCCCUGAUCCGCACGUCCUCCGCAAUUCGCGACUCCCUCGUCCUCAUUCUGCGCAAGGCCCUCUACCGAAAGGGCGUUGAGACCCGAAAAAUGGCAGUGACCGGAUUCCUGCAAUUCCUCAGCAACCUGAAGAUCGCCCCCUUCAGCCUGAGCCAGUCCUCCUCGAGCAUGACCAACGGCUCCAACUCCUCGAUCUUCACGCAAGCCACGAUGGAGCGAGGCAGUCAAGGCAAGAACUCUCGCAGUCACAGCGCCUUCUGCCAGGAAAUCCUAAUAAUCCUGACAAAAUGCUUCUCCCACGAGGCUGAAGUUCGCCAGCAUCUGUACAAGGGUCUCCACGAGGCGGUCGCAGCGAAUUCAGAGCUCGCAGAGGCAGCCAUCGACCUCCUUCUCACCCACUUCAUAGACUUCUACGAGUCUGACGACGCGAUAAAGCCCCCGAUGAAGUUGGAGGACUGCUCCAGCAUCGCAGGACCCGAAGCCCUCCUGCAGGAGCCAAUGGGACACCUGAUCUUCUCUCUUCAACAAAUCUACUGCAAAGUCGCCAACAAGAACCUGGAGUCCCUCGACAGACUGAGCAACGUCCUCGAAUCCUUGUGCAAGAGGAUGAUCCCCUCAGCUCUGGAUGAUCUUCAGGUCGACGACAGGCCGGAUCUCCUGGAUAAUAUCCCCAAGUCUCAACAGAGAGUCAACUCCAUCAAGCUCUCUGUCACCUGCUUGGAGGCCCUGAUAGCUUACCGAUUCGGCAGCUGGUCCUCGGACAAUGAGACUGUUGCCCAGAACGUCUACAAUCUCUUCAAGUCCUACAACGAAAUCCUAGAGUUCUGCAAGUCCGUCAACAAGCCAGCUAAGCAGAAGAAGGACAAGGGGAAGAAGGAUAAGGAUCACGACACGACGAUCAAGAGGGGGCCCAAAGGGGGCAUUAAACUCCCUCCAACCAUCCUCAACAUCGAGAUCAUCUACAAGAUGCUUUCGUUGCUACACGAUCCUAAUGUUCCCUGGGCGACUAGAGAACAGGCGAAUCACCUGAAGAAACGACCUGACUUCCACAACUACUGUCUUCACACUUGUAUCCAGAUAUUCCAGAGUGCAAAGGCCCUGAGGAACGUCGAACGUCUGAAGCAUCGGGACACCCAUGAGAAGGAUUACCUCAAGAUUGGAGAGCUGCUGUACAAAAAUAUCGUUUGCGAUUUGGACAGGGUUCGAGAGUUCGACGAGGAGACUGCUGUCCUAGGGCUGGAGGCCUUCAAAGAGUACUGCGAUGUCAUGUGCACACUGUUCAAUGCAGAUCUCUCCAAGUUCCUGGGGGAAAUGUGCGCCCCAUCGCCGUCAGAGGGGCUCAGUGCCCAGUUCAAUACUUUGGUCUGUUCGUUACAAGUUCUGAUUGACAGCUAUUAUGAGGAGGAUAACGAGGGAGUGACGAAUAAAAUUCCACUUAUCCUGGUGGAGACAGUGGCUCUGCUGUUGAAUAAAGUUGGAGUAUCUGCUGGCAGCUUUGGAAGUACCUUCCAGUGGCUCAAGAAAAUGUCGAAGGCUGAAAAUGUUGACACACAGAUUGCCCUGAUUAUUCUGCAGUUGAUCACGAUUAUCGAGGAUCGUGAGGUCGAUUAUGGGAAGAUUCUGGAUGAGAUGUGUGUGGAUCUGUGCAAGAAACUGGGGAACAUUGACGAUAAUGACAUCACUGUGAAGGAGAGCUACAGUAUUCUGACGGAGGCCUCCAUGACACAGGCGCACAGUAUUUUUAAUAAUUCGUUGAAGAACAAGUUGACGAAUGCAUCUUGGGUGUUGGGGAGGCUGAAGGCUGAACAGGUGGUGGCAAGCUCCCCUGGAAUUGGCGAUGAGAACUUCAGGGAGAAGUUGAAGGAGAAGGAGAAGAGCCUCUGCAGGCAGUUGUCAUACGUCAUUCAGACGCUUCACACUCUGGCUAAUGCCAAUGUCGAUCCAGGGCCCAAUACUGACUUGACGUUUAAGAAUCUUCAUCAACUUUAUGGGGUUCUGAACAACUUGACCAAGUACUUCAGUAGCAAAUCGACGCAGCAGAAUCCGGCGUUUGAGGCGGUGAAGUUCAUUCAGGUGGUGCAGCUGGCUGGGAAGCCACUGAAAGCUAGUUUCUAUAAUUUGGUGACGCACACUGAGGAGAAGCAGAACAGUGGGAGGAAGGCUGAUGCUCAUGCUCAGAAGAAUAAGGUCUUGAAGGAGACCAAGUUUAUUCCCAAAGUUGUUUACGAGAUUGAGCAGUUCAACAAGGAGAUCUUGGCACUUGGGAAGAAGACUCGGGUGCCCCUGGAGAGUUACAUUAAACACAGCAUCACAAGAGAUUUCAGGAUUAAACAUCCACAGUUGGUGGAGGGACUGGAGAGACUGGAUCCUAGUCAGAUGAUCACAAUGACUCAGAACACAACGAGACAUAACGAGACCCAGGAUCACCUUGAUCUACCAGACGAUGACUCCAGUGUCCCGGAAGAGAACUAUGCGCCGCCCCCGAAGAAACCAAAACGCGAAGUCAGUCCUUAAAUAUUUACAAAAAAAGUCCUUAAAUAUUGGUAGACUUUAUUGCGAAACAAUGUUGAAUAUAUUUUUCUUACGUAUUUCAAAUAAAAAAGUUUAGGCAACGAAGUCGAGUGGACGGUUGAAUCCACCCUUCCGAUUCAUGUACUGUCUGUAUUUUCGUUUUAAGAUGACAUGAACUCCUCCAACAUCAUUGCCAUCAACUUUUUUUCCUUUUGUCGUGUCGAAUCCACAGAAUCCCAUCAAUUUCAUCAUCUCUUGCUCUUCUGGAGUUUUUCCCUGUAGAUCAGCCUCUGAAAAUGGAUUUGAAAAAUAUUUUUCAUUAAAUUCUAUUGAUUUUUUUCUCUGAAGUAAUUUCUAUUAAA